CGGACGGUCACUUCAGAGCUUCCAGAUGGACACAAACACUCCUGGACUGGUGUUCUUACUCCUCAUGUCAUGUGUGUGCAGUGCAGUCGGUCAGUCAUGUGAGGGGGUCUGUGGAGCGUCUGCUGACCUGUGCUCGUGUCAGCCCACCUGUGAGUCCCUGAAGACCUGCUGCUCUGACUACAGAGACUUCUGUGUGCAAACUCAGCCUUAUUCUGGGAGCAUUUUUGGUGGAACUGAUUUUGUUGUUCUUCACACGACGUUCAACAAAACUGACCUGAUCAUCUGCAGGUUUAACGACGACACUGACACUGUGGGAUACGUGGACGACCUGAGCCGAGGACACUGUAUAUCUCCACUGCUGUAUGAAACAGGCUGGAUCCCCUUUAAAAUCUCCUCCAACAACGGGACGAGCUUCACCAGGGCCGGCAGAUGGCUGUCGGUGCACACGGGAAAGCUGCAGUCAGAACUCAAGGCCGUUAUGGUUAAUUCGACUAAAUGGCAGUACUACGGCACGCCCGGCGUCUCGGGGAGUCUGCAGAUGACCUGGAACACCUCCAUGGUCAAAGCCGACACAGUCAACAUAGAACUGUGGGGCUACAGAGAGACGGGGACAGCCUACACAAACGACUGGGCCGCUGAGUGGAAGUAUCUCUACACUCUCUCAAACGCUCAUUCCAACAGUGGCUCCUUCAGUUUUGUACCUGAGCCUGCGUCAGACGGGUUUUCACGGUGGGAGCUGGGGAUGCUGCGGGUCAGUUCCAGUAUUUACCCCGACGGGAUGUGGAAUGUAGAAGCUCUGUGGACCGAGGACCACGCUCUGGCCUGGCACCUGGACGACACAUUCAGAACCAACUCCGCCGCUUGGGCCGAGGACAAGUGUCUGACCUGGGACAAGUAUGAAACUCAGCUGCCAAACUUCCUCCAGGAGAUCAUCGACUGUCCGUGCACUUUGGCCCAGGCCAGAGCCGACACCGGACGCUUCCACACCGAUUAUGGCUGUGACAUAGAGAAAGGAAGUGUGUGCACGUAUCACCCCGGGAGUGUCCACUGUGUCCGAGCCAUACAAGCCAGUCCUUUGUACGCAGCUGGACAGCAGUGUUGCUAUGACAGUCGCGGUGACCAGGUACUGACCGGAGACUCCAUCGGGGGCAGUACACCGGACAGAGCCCACGACUGGGGCUCCCCUCCUUAUAAGAGACCCCCUCGUGUCCCUGCACAGUCCCACUGGGUCUACGACGUCCUGAGCUUCUACUACUGCUGCCUGUGGUCAGACAACUGCAGCUACUACUUCAAGCACCGGCCGUCCAGCGGCUGUGGGAGGUACAAGACGCCCAGCUCAGCGGUGGUGUUUGGAGAUCCACACUUCAUUACAUUUGAUGGAAUCAGCUACUCCUUCAAUGGAAAAGGAGAAUACACUUUAGUCUCUGCACCGUCCAGAGACCUGACCGUCCAGGGCAGGACAGAGCCUGUUACUGAUAAAAUUAAAGCGACAAAGAUGACAGCGGUGGCCAUGAGGGAGAUGUCCUCUGACGUCAUCGAGGUGCGAGUGGUCAGCGAGCCCCUCGGCCUCGAGGUCCUGCAAAACCAGGAGACGCUUUUGUUCAGUGAACAGAAGUGGAUGGACCUGCAGGGCGUGUUCGUGUUCUCUCCCGUCUCCACCAACGUGACGGUGAUGUUCCCGAGCGGGGCGGGGGUGGAGCUGCGCCUCAGAGGGGACAACAUGGCGACCACCGUCCUCCUGCCGGACGACUUUUUUCAUAAAACCCUGGGGCUGAUGGGAACUUUGAACGGCAACGCCCAGGACGACCUCACCCUCAACAACAGUCAAGUCGUACAGAACAUCAGCGACGCAGAGGAAGUGUUCAACUUUGGAGCCAGCUGGGCCAUUUCACACAGUUCCUCCUUGUUCACAUACGACUCUGUUUAUCUUGAGAACGAAUACAAAAACGCCCCAAAACACGACCCGAGCUUUGUCCCUGACUUUUAUGUUACUGAAAAUUCGAGUGAUCCUCUGCUGCAUCAGGCGGUCCAGCUGUGCUCGGGCGACGGCUCCCAGUUCUGCAGGUAUGAUGUUCUCGUGGGCCGCAGUCUAACGCUGGGAAACUCCACCAAAAUGCUGUUUCAGAGUCAUCUUGCUCUGGUGGACGACCUUAAGACAGUGGUGACGUGUGGUUUUCUUUCGCCUCCGACUAACGGGAGGAAAAACGGCACUGCGUAUUUACAGGGCUCCAGAGUGAUUCUGUCCUGUGACGACGGCUACAAGCUCAAAGGGUCGUCAGAGAGAGUGUGUCUGGCGAACGGACAGUGGUCUGGACAGGACACGGUCUGCGCCAAACCCAGUAAUGUUCCUGGGAUCGUCGUCGGUUCUGUGAUCGGAGGAAUCGCUCUGAUCGUCAUCGUCACGACCAUCGUCCUCAAAGCCAGAAAAAACAAAAGCAAAAGAACGACUCAGAACGACACGGAGAACAACGCAAAUGUGUCUUUGUAAUCACUCCAUGAACACACACUGAACACACACUGACACGACACUGAACACACACUGAACACAACACUGAACACACACUGACACAACACUGAACACACAUUGAACACAACACUGAACACACACUGAACACACACUGAACACAACACUGAACACACACUGACACAACACUGAACACAACACUAAACACACACUGAACACACACUGAACACACACUGACACGACACUGAACACACACUGAACACGACUCAGACCAACGACACGGAGAACAACGCAAAUGUGUCUUUGUAAUCACUCCAUGAACACACACUGAACACACACUGACACGACACUGAACACACACUGAACACACACUAAACACAACACUGAACACAACACUGAACACACACUAAACACAACACUGAACACACACUGAACACACACUGACACAACACUGAACACACACUGAACACAACACUGAACACACACUGAACACAACACUGAACACACACUGACACAACACUGAACACGACACUGAACACAACACUGAACACACACUGAACACACACUGAACAUGACACUGAACACGACUCAGACCAACGACACGGAGAACAACGCAACUGUGUCUUUGUAAUCACUCCAUGAACACACACUGAACACACACUGAACACACACUGACACGACACUGAACACACACUGAACACAACACUGAACACACACUGAACACACUGAACACACACUGACACGACACUGAACACACACUGUAAUGACAUCACUGAUGACAUCACUCCAGCCUCAGAGAUGGACAAACGUCUUUGUUUUAAACAGUCACUUUAAUAUAACUUGACUCUUUUGCUGAGUUUGUUUUUUUUCUUUCUAAUCAAAGCAGCACAAAGAAACAGUU